GUGUAUACUCGUCAGACGUCAUGAAACGUUAUCAGAAGUGGUUAAUGGCUGUUUAUUGAACGGAGUUUAUACGUUAACAUUGUACAUCGGAUGGAUAGGCUAAUCGUAAAUGGCUACAUCUUUUAUAUCUAUAGAAGAAGAAAAAAAUUCACCCUGUCGCACUGGGUGUAGUUUCAACAAGGAUAUGCAGUCGUCACUAAUUACCACAGCCACAAAUGGCUAAACCACGCCUAUUUCUACCAUUUCUAAACCUAACCCUAAACUUAACCCUAGGCACACUGUAACAUUAUGACUAACCUUAAUUUAAGAUUAAGACCAAAAAGCACAUUUUGGUUUUCAUACAUUUUUACUAUACAGGCAAUUUGUGGCUGUGGUAACUAGUGACAACCGGGAUAUGUGUGUAGUCACUUCCUGCACGGUCAGUACUAUCCGGGAUUCUUAGGACGUCCCCUACCUAACCUUAACCCUUACCUUAACCACAAAUAUACAAAUAUUUGCCUUAACCAUGUUAAACUUCAACGACUUGCAUGGGGUAGGGACGUCCCAAGUAUUCCGGAUAGCACGGACUCUUCCCCCUGCUCUGCGGGCACCGGGUGUGUGUUGUUUCGCCUCAGCAGCAUGGCUGUGGUCAUCCGCUUGCAGGGUCUCCCGAUAGUGGCGGGGACCAUGGACAUACGCCAUUUCUUCUCUGGAUUGACCAUCCCGGAUGGUGAGGUGCAUAUUGUAGGGGGUAAACGUGGUGAGGCUUUUAUUGUUUUCGCCACAGAUGAAGAUGCCAGGCUUGGCAUGAUGCGUACAAGGGGAGCAAUCAAAGGUUCAAAAGUGUCACUUUUGCUGAGCAGCAAGACCGAGAUGCAGAAUAUACUUGAGCUCAGGCGCAGGCGUUUUAAAACUGGCAAAGUAGGGGGAGCAGCAGAAAAUGGUAGCAGGCCAGGUCCCACCGUCAACACAUGUGGGAGGGGCAGUUUACCCAACACUUUACAAGGGUUCAGCAACACCAGACCAGCCACCAUCACCACAGCUGCCUCUGCACAUGAAACCAUAAGCAACAGAAAUGUGUCCACGUUUGCCACCACUAGCAUGGGAAACAUGCCCCCCAGUUUCAGCAACAACUUCAGCAGCCCAAACCUCACCAUGGAAUCCAGUAUGAGAACAGCCAUGUCCUCCCUCAACUCUGUGCCACCACCUAUCCACCCUUUGACAACCAUGCCACCCAUGCCUUCCAUACCACUUCCACCACCAGUGUCCUCUGUGCCUCCUGUUCCCACUGUGUCACCUUUAACCCAAGGCCCCCCUGUCCUUCCCAUGAGUCUGUCCCACAUGGGCUCAAUGCCACCAUUCAACCCAUGUGUCCCACCCCCUAGUGUACUGGCCCCAAGUCACAUGUUUGUUGGCCAUAUGAACCCUCUGUUAAAUCUCCAGGCACAGAUGAAGGCAGCAAUAGGUAAUUCAGACGAGUUAUAUGUCCACCUUCAAGGCCUGCCCUUCUCAGCUAGUGAAAGGGAUAUUAGGGAGAUUUUCUGUGGGUUAGGGGUGGACUCCAUCCGACUGGUCAGGGACAACUUUGGCCGGAGUUGCGGAAGGGCCCUGGCCAAGUUCUUUUCCCCUCAGGACACUUUUGAGGCGCUCAAAAGAAGCAGCGGAAUGUUAAGGCAGAGGUACGUGGACAUCUCUCCGGCCACAGAGAGCCAGUGGAUGAGUGUCAGCAGUGAUGGCAAUGGGGUAGGAGUGCAAGCCCACUCAAAAUCCAGUAAUAUGCCCCAAGACCAGCACUGCCGCAGCAACAUGAGUUCAGCGUCUCCUUCAACCAGAGAUCAUGCAAGGUCUCGCUCCCCUCACAAGAAGGAGUUCUAUCUCUACCUAAAAGGCCUGCCCUACGGAGUAGUAAAUAAACAGAUCUGUGAGUUCUUCAAAAACCUGGACGUUAUGGAAGACCGCAUUUACAUUGCUUAUGGACCCACUGGCCAAGCUACAGGUGAGGGCUUUGUCCAGUUGAGAAAUGAAAUUGAUUACAAGGCUGCCCUCAGCUAUCACAGGAUGUAUAUGGGAAACCGAUUCAUACAAGUUCAAACCAUCAGUAAGAAAGCUAUGUUUGAAAAGAUUGAUUCCAUUCGUCAAAGGAUGCAGGGUGUUGAUAAGAAAAACUCUGAAUCAGACAAGAGCCCUAGAAACUGUGCACACAUCUCAAAUAUGCCAUAUAAUGUGUCAAAGGAAGAUGUUCAUCUGUUUCUGAAAGGCAUUGCGAUAGUUGAAGAAAGUCUUAAAGUUCUGGUUGACAGCAGUGGUAAAGGUCUAGGUCAGGCUGUUGUGCAGCUCAGGGUAGAGGAGGAUGUGCUAAAUGCUGAGAGACUACACAGGCAGAAGUUAAAUGGCAGAAAUGCCUUUGUGCAUUUGGUCACCUUUGAGGAGAUGAAGGAAAUUGAGAGAAACCCACCACCACAGGUUAAGAGAGUUAAGAGAAGCCAGAAAUUUGAAGGGAACUCUCAAGGCCAGGCACAGUAUAUGGGAAGCCAAUUCAUACAAGUUCAAACCAUCAGUAAGAAAGCUAUGUUUGAAAAGAUUGAUUCCGUUCGUCAAAGGAUGCAGGGUGUUGAUAAGAAAAACUCUGAAUCAGGCAAGAGCCCUAGAAACUGUGCACACAUCUCAAAUAUUCCAUAUAAUGUGUCAAAGGAAGAUGUCCAUCUGUUUCUGGAAGGCAUUGCGGUAGUUGAAGAAAGUCUUAAAGUUCUGGUUGACAGCAGUGGUAACGGUCUAGGUCAGGCUGUUGUGCAGUUCAAGGUAGAGGAGGAUGCGCUAAAUGCUGAGAAACUACACAGGCAGAAGUUAAAUGGCAGAGAUGCCUUUGUGCAUUUGGUCACCUUUGAGGAGAUGAAGGAAAUCGAGAGAAACCCACCACCACAGGAUAAGAGAAUUGAGAGAUGCCAGAAAUUUGAAGGGAACUCUCAAGGCCAGGCACACGGCCAUGCUCAGGCACAGAAUCCUAUUCAAGCCCAAGCUCACCCCUUUGCCGGUAUAACAGGAGAAGAGUUCAACUUCCUCAGAAACACUGUUGGCAAUUUAGGCAAUGGUCCUUUUCCUCAAUUUACUGUCCCAGGUAAUGGAUUAGUGGGCCCUCCUCCACCCCCAUUUGCAGCAAGUCUAGAGAAUGUAGCCCUUAGCAUUCCCCCACCCAUGGUUGCCGGUCACUUGCCUGGAGCAGUUCUGGCACCCCCAAGCUUCCGACCUCAAUUUACUGUCCCAGGUAAUGGACUAGUGGGCCCUCCUCCACCCCCAUUUUCAGCAAGUCUAGAGAAUGUUGCCCUUAGCAUUCCCCCACCCAUGGUUGCCGGUCACUUGCCUGGAGCAGUUCUGGCACCCCCAAGCUUCCGACCUCAAUUUACUGUCCCAGGUAAUGGACUAGUGGGCCCUCCUCCACCCCCAUUUGCAGCAAGUCUAGAGAAUGUUUCCCUUAGCAUUCCUCCACCCAUGGUUGCCGGUCACUUGCCUGGAGCAGUUCUGGCACCCCCAAGCUUCCGACCAGGUAUCAACAAUGGCCCACCUGGCUUUGGACCAGAGGGCUUGAGGGGCAGGCCACCUUUUGACAACGGCUCUAGAAAGAGCAGAGGCCAUAACCGAGGAAGUGGCCAAGGGCGUUCAGAAGUGCGCCCUCAGUCUGCCUUGGUCAGUGGCCCUGGCUCUGACCCUCUGAGAGAGCAGUCAACCGGAGGCCCUGGUAACCCUCGUGGACCAACCAUUGUAAAGAUCCAAAACAUGCCUUUCACCGUAACAGUCGAUGAGAUCCUAGAUUUCUUUCAUGGGUAUCAAGUGCUGCCUGGUUCAGUCUGUCAGCAGUUCAGUGAAAAGGGCCUGCCCACUGGUGAAGCAAUGGUUGCCUUUGAGUCACACGAGGAGGCAUCAUCUGCUGUCAUGGAUUUAAAUGAUAGGCCUAUUGGGGCUAGUAAAUUGAAGAUAACCAUAGGAUAAGACUCCAAUGUUCCCCUCUACCAAUAAUGAUUAAGUGACACAUCAGGUUUCAUUAAUGCAAAAGUAAGAACUUGCAUUUAGGAUUUAGCAUUUAAGCUCCCAACUAUCUUUAGCUCCUUUACCAAAGUUAUCAAGUUGUUAGUAGCGUAAGAAUAAAAUGGCACGCUGCUAUAUUGAUUUGAUGUAUAAUAUGAUAACUAAAGUGGGAUGUUUGGAUUUUCCAAAUGGCAAAAAGCCAACUGUUGCCAUGUUGAUGUAGCUUGAGUCCAAUCAUAUUUAGAGUAAGAGCCUUGAAUGAUAUGGUUGGAUUAAGAGGAUAGUCUUAUUGCUGUGCUGAGAUGUCACUUUCACUUGGAAGCAUGUAUUAUUUUCAAAUUCCCGACACGUUUUGUGUUCUUGUAUUUCUUCCAUAGAUUUAACAUUCUCUUUGUGAUGAUUUUCUAAAGGGGGUACUUGCCAAAUGCUGCCAUGCAUGGUGUUAGUACAGAGAACACUCAUUGUGUCAUGGUUAAAGCAUUUGCUUAUUUGCUCUAUGCUGUUUUUCACUGUUAGUAAAUGCAAAUCUCAAUGUUGUUGCUAGCUAUGUUAUAUGAUAAAUUGUACUGCUUGUUUCUGAGAAAAAGAUGUUGAACAUUGCAUUUGGUUUAAUGGUCUGCAGAGCUCUUUAGAACUUUUUGUAUCUGCCAACGUCCCCCUGCGAUAUACUCUUUUUGAAUUUGAGCUGUUUUGCAAAGAUGUAAAUACUAUUUGGAAUGUUUUAGUUUUGUAGUGUUGUCUAACAAGAGACACUUAAGUUUUAUAUUUUUGGGGACGUUCCAGCUUAUUUCACAAGUGUGUGUAUACUGUUUAGCGUACACUUUUGUCAAUAAAAUGACAUUUCUGACAGAUUUACAAGCCA